ACAAGAAAAUGACUUCUCCAAUUUUUGCUUUGUAUGUGACAUGCCUGCUCUUGGCAGGAACGACUCACAUUACAGCUGUGAAGACAUCAUCAUCUUUACGCUUUGUAUCAGCUGAUGUUGGUACGAACGUGACUUUGGAAUGUUUCUAUGAAGAUGGUGCUACAGUGAUGUUUUACUGGUUUAAACAAACUAUGGGACAGAAGCCAAAGCUGAUGUCUAAAUACUAUAAACUUAACAAAGUUGGCAAUUUUCAAGAUGAAUUUAAGAACGAUCCACGUUUAGCACUGGAAACUAGCUCUGGUACAUAUCACUUGAAGAUCUCAAAUGUGCAAAGUUCAGAUUCAGCUACUUACUACUGCAUAGGUGGCUAUUCGUAUGUGUUUGACUAUUUAGAGAGUAUUAUUUUAAAUGUAAAGCAUUCAGAUAUGAACAUCCAAACUAAAAUCCAUCAGUCGGCAUCUGAGAGCAUCCAGCCAGGAGGCUCUGUGACUCUGAACUGUACAGUACACACUGGGACCUGUGAUGAUGGAGAACACAGUGUUUACUGGUUCAAAAACUCAGAAUCUCAUCCAGGACUCAUUUACACACAUGGAGGCAGGAAUGAUCAGUGUGAAACGAACAUCAACACACAUACAAACACCUGUGUCUACAACUUGCCGAUGAAGAGUCUGAAUCUUGCUCAUGCUGGGACCUACUACUGUGCUGUCGCCUCAUGUGGACAGAUACUGUUUGGAAACGGGACCACAUUGGAGUUUAAGCAUGAGGAGAACUCUCUUGUCUUGGUGUAUAUCUUGAGCGGAGCUUUGGUGUUCACCAUCAUCCUGGUUGUCUUCUUGGCUUACACAAUAUAUAAAAUGUUGAAGACAAAGAGCUGCCAGUGCACAGACUCACACGCAAGAGCAUCAGCUUCCUCGGCUCCAAAUGCAGAAGGCUACCAAGACGCAGAUAACCUCCAUUAUGCUGCUUUAAAGAAAAGCAAGGUCAGCAAACCACGAAGACAGAGGGACAACUCUGGGACUGAAUGUGUGUACUCCAGUGUGAGAUAG